UUUUGUAAAUACUCGCAAAACAACGACAAUGCGCAUCACCCUGUUGUUGUUGGCUUUAGGCCUGGCUGUAGUGGCAGCCGUACCCAGGAAUCCUCAAAGGAUUGUUGGUGGAUCGACAACCACUAUUUCCCAGUAUCCCUACGGUGCUGCUUUGCUGUACUCAUGGGGUGGUUCAAACCACAGGCAAGCUUGCGGUGGAACCAUCUUGAACAACAGAUCUAUUUUGUCUGCUGCUCAUUGUUUCUUCCGCGACUCAGCAAACCAGUGGCGCAUUCGUUUAGGAUCCACUAACGCUAACAGCGGCGGCAACGUCUACAAUACUAACAGAAUCAUUAUGCACCCCAACUACAACUCCAACAGUCAGGACAAUGACAUUGCUAUCCUGAGAUCUUCUUCCACAUGGGGAUUUAACAACAAUGUGCGCGCUGCAAGUAUUGCCGGAUCUAACUACAACCUAGCUGACAACCAAGUUGUGUGGGCUAUCGGAUGGGGCGCCACUUCUUUCCAAGGACCAGCCUCUGAACAGCUGCGUCACGUGCAAAUCUGGACUAUCAACCAGAAUACAUGCAGGAACAAUUACGCUUCGCGAGGAUUAACCAUUACCAACAACAUGUUGUGCUCCGGCUGGCUCGGUGUCGGUGGUCGUGACCAGUGCCAAGGAGACUCUGGCGGCCCUCUCAUCCACAAUAAUGUUAUCGUGGGUGUAUGCUCCUGGGGAAUUCAGUGCGCGCUUGCUGACUUCCCUGGUGUUAAUGCUCGUGUCUCACGUUACACUUCCUGGAUCCAGUCUAAUGCUUAAUUUGUUUAAAAUAAAAGAAUUUUUAAUGUAAGAAAUAAUUUCAAUUUGACCUUUUAAAAUUCAGUUUGUACAACUUUUUAUUUAGGUUUUGUGAAGCCGUUUCUGAGAUUAGUGUGCACGAACUUGCAAACAAACCGAUAAAAAGA